GAGGAGGGACCCUUCUCGGCUGCGCCUAUAAGUCGGAGAGAGCGCGGGCUGUGAGCUGAACAGUCUCCCAGCCCGGGCCCUGAGGGCGAGUCGCUGGGGAGAGAACUGGUAAGGCAGCGGCCCCGGGGGCAGUAAUGCGGGACUCUCGGGACCCGGCUGGGAAGAGCCGGCGUCGAUUAAGGCGGGUGACUGGGCCAGGGGAGCUCCUGGCAGCCUGCUGGGGGGAGCUGUCCGCGGUGCUGGAGCGUGCGGCGGCGGCGCCGAGCUGAGCUGGAAGCCACAGAGCUCUAGCCCACUGGGGAGAGGCGGGGGCACCCGGAGACGAGAGGACCAUGCCUGGAUUGCGGCUCCUGGGUCCCGCGGAGGCGGGAACCUACGCCAAUCGCCAGCAGGCUCCUUGAAGGCGCCACUCCCAUCCCCAGCUGUAGCUCAAACACCUGCACCACCAGCCCUUCUAAUCCUACCCCUGGAAACAUGGAGAGCCUGAAUGAUGUGCACAAUCCAUUGCUGGCCAAGAGUAAUGGUCACCUCCCCAGCACAUAUCCCUUCCAUGAGGACUCUCCAACUUGGGACUGCCAGGAGAAGCUCUAUUCCUACUUUUUUGGCAGUGCUGGCCAGGCCAGAACCCACCAACUGUUAGAUGCAGGGUCCCUGCAGCUGGCUGUAGAGGCGCUGUAUGGGUCCAACUUUCUUCUCGUGAAGGACAAAGCUAAGGAGUGGAAAGGGGAUAGUUGUGAGACUACCUUCACAGAAGGCAAGGAGCCCCAGGUCAGCACCCCUGAAGGAGUCCAGAGACCCAGCCAGGCUGAGGAGGAUGACAAGAUUCAGACAGUAUCCUUCGAAGUAGAAGAUGACUUUCUGGAGGUGGAGGAAGAAGAUGAUGAGAGUGACUCCUCCAGUGUCAGCGAGAGUGAAGAUGGGUUUCUCACUCUACCACCCAGGGACCACCUUGGCCUUGCCAUCUUCUCCAUGCUCUGCUGCUUCUGGCCUCUGGGCAUUGCUGCCUUCUACUUCUCACAAAGGACCAGCAAGGCCAUCGCCAAAGGGGACUUUCACCUGGCCAGCACAACUUCUCGACGGGCCCUCUUCCUGGCCAUCCUCUCCAUUACCCUUGGCACUGGUGUCUACAUUGCAGUGGUAGUGGCCCUAGUGGCUUAUUUGUCCAAGAGCAGCCAAGGCUAGUGGGGUCCCUUAAGCAGUCCUCAGUCCUUCCCUCACCAGUGGUUCAGGGGAGCCCUGAAUCUCUCUAUCCAUGGGUACUAAUACCCUAGGUAUCCUGGCAUUUGCAAACAAGCUGGACCCAAGAGCCCUGAACUCUCACUUUCCAACAUGAACCCAUUUCUGUCCCCCAAAAAGGAGCUGGGAAAGAGAAUGCUAUUAGGCCCACAUCCGCCUAGCCUCAGAGACUCUUGAUCUCAUCUCCUUGUAUUUGGUUCUCCCCUCAUUGUAGGCCCCACCCAAAUAAGGGGUACAGGGAGUUUGUUUCACUGGUUUCCUUUUCCUGUCCUCCCUCAACUCUCUCCAACCUGUUUCAUUCCCUCUGUCGAAGGGGGCACAGUGCCCCAAGUUAUGCCAGGCCUAGUUGGCAUGAGAGCAAGCCUGAGACAGGCCGAAGACACAGACCCACCUCAUUUCCACCCUGCUCUGUCCCUUUCCUGGAGACAGCUCCAUAUACAUUACAAGUAGCUAACUCCUUCACCCUCCCAAGUCUCAAGGGAAGAGAGAGGAGCAUGGAAGAAAGAUGGGACUGCUUGAUAUUCAGGUUGCUGAUGGAGAAAGGGACAAGCAGGAAGAAGCAGGAGACCUGAUCAAAACCACAUGAGAGUCACUGAAGAGUCAACCAAGCUGGGAAAUGACUUGGUUCCCCACACACACACACACACACAUGGACCUUGAACUUACCUUCUGGCUAUGACAGAAAUGGAUCGAUUCCAAUUUGCUUUUCUCUCACCAAAUAUGGGAAAUAUCCAUUUCAAUUCAAUUUGACAAGUAUUUAUUAAAUGCCUACCCUGUACUUUGCACAGGGCUAGAUACUGAGGGAGAUACAAAAUUUAAAGAAGGGAUAUCUUUCAUCUUCAUGGAAUUUUACACUCUAGUAAUCUUCUUUGAUAUACGAUGAGAUGUUUCCUUUUGCCACCUGGUGGACAUGGUUGAGCUGUGAACACAAAAUGAGUGAUAGAUCAUUAAAAACCUUUAAAAAUGUG